CUUUUGAUGGUACAUCAAGAAUAGCCUAAAGGACCUCCAAUAUAUUGUAUAUUUUAAAUUUAUUUAAGUCUAUAUUUUGCUUGGACUCUAAUAUGAAUUAAUAUAAUUUUUGUCUUUAAUGUUGUGCUUUAAAUAUAUCAAGAUUAACUCUAAAAUGGAAGAAAGGGAAGAAUGCACAUUUACUAGGCAAUCGCUAUUUUUUUCAGAAAGCAGUAAUUAUAUAGAUACCCCAAAUGUGAGAAAUGAUGAGAUAGUAACUGAUAAUCAUGGUGUAGUGCUGGGGAAUGAUGAUGAUGAUGUGGUUUUAGAGCCAGAGUUGGGAAAUGAUGGAGAUGUGGUUUUAGAGCCAGCAACGAGAAAUGAUGAUGAUGGGGUUUCAGAGCCAACGUCGGGAAAUUAUGAUGAUGGGGCUUCAGAACCAACAACGGGAAAUGAUGAUAAUGGGGUUUCAGAGCCAACGCCGGGGAUGUUCUUUAAAACUGAGAAAGAACUAAUUUAUUACUACAAGCAAUAUGGGAGACAGGUUGGAUUCGGCAUAAUGAUGCAAAGAAGUAAGAGGGAAGAUGAUGGGAGUGUUAGAUAUGUAACACUCGGUUGUGCCCGUGGUGGUAAGGCAAGGAAACGUGUUACCAAUAUUUCUAAACCACGCCCAACAACAAAAACUGAUUGUAAGGCGAGAAUUAAUGCAGUUUUGGCUGAUGGUGUCUUACGGAUAACUACUGUCUACAAUGCACAUAACCAUGGGUUAAGUCCACAAAAGGCAAGAUUUUUUAGAUGUAAUCGCGCAAUUGAUGAUUCCGUCAAGAGGCAGUUAGAUAUUAACGACAAGGCAGGCAUAGGUAUGUCUAAAAGUUUUAACGCAUUGGUUGUUGAAGCUGGUGGUUUUGAGAAACUUCCUUUUAUUGAAAAAGAUGCAAGGAAUUAUAUUGACAAGGCUCGACACCUUAGAGUUGGUAAAGGAGGUGCUGAUGCACUUCGUGGUUAUUUUGAGAGGAUGCAGUAUAAGAAUGAUGGGUUCUACUCAUCGAUGGAUUUGGAUGAUGAUGGUCGAUUAAAAAAUGUCUUUUGGGCCGAUGCACGCAGCAGGGCAGCAUAUGAGUAUUUUGGGGAUGUUGUGACAUUUGAUACAACAUACCUAACAAAUAGAUAUGGCAUGCCAUUUGCCCUGUUUGUGGGUGUUAACCACCAUGGACAGUCAAUACUUUUAGGAGCAGGGUUGAUAUCAAGUGAAAACACUGAAACAUUUGUUUGGUUAUUUGACACUUGGUUGAAAUGUAUGCAUGGAAGGGCGCCAAAAGCUAUUAUCACUGAUCAAGACAGAGCUAUGAAAAAUGCUAUUGCAAUAGUAUUUCCAAAUAUCCGGCAUAGAUAUUGUUUGUGGCACAUAAUGAGAAAACUACCAGAGAAGUUGGGCUCAUAUGCUGAAUUUAAGUAUGGUUUGAAAAGUGCAUUGCAGAGAUGUGUUUAUGAUUAUCAGACUUCUGACGAGUUUGAGAAGUAUUGGGAGGUGUUUAUUGACACUUACAAUUUGAAGGAAAAUGCAUGGCUUCAAAGUUUGUAUGCCGAGCGGAAGUAUUGGGUUCCCGUAUACUUGAAAAAUACAUUUUGGGCUGGGAUGAGCACAACUCAAAGGAGUGAGAGCAUGAAUGCAUUCUUUGAUGGAUAUGUACAUUCAGGGACUACGUUGAAAGAAUUCGUCGAUCAAUUCGACAAUGCAUUGAGGAAGAAAGUACAGAAUGAGAUGGCAGCAGAUUUUCACUCAUUCAAUUGCAUAGUACCUUGUAUAUCUCUUUUACCUUUAGAGAAAAAAUUUCAAGCAGUGUACACGAAUUCGAAAUUUAAGGAAGUGCAGGCAUAAAUAAUGGGAAUUAUCUACUCUCACUGUGUUAUUAUAAAAACAGAAGGGGCGAUUACCACGUAUCAAGUUAAUGACCAAAGGGAAGUUGAAGACGGUAUCAAGAAGUCAACUUUACAAGCAUACUUCAAUGAAGAUGAGUGUGAGGCGAAGUGCAUGUGUGGACUAUUUGAGAUGAGAGGUAUUAUUUGUAGACACAUUCUUUCUAUUUUCGCCGCAAGGGAUGUCCAAGUGUUGCCAGAAAAGUAUAUUAUGGAGAGAUGGAGGAAGGACAUUAAACGUAGAUAUGCUCUCAUUCGAAGUAGUUACGAUGACUUAAGUGGUAAACCAGCUGCUACUCGGUAUUCAGGUUUGAUAAAAUUAUGUUACGAAGUAGCUACAAAUGCAUGUGAAAGUGAAGAUAAUUCCCUAGACAUGACAGAGAAGCUUAAGGCAAUGAAUUCGAUUUAUACUAAGUCAAAGCCUCAGGCAACAGUUGCAAGCACUCAUACUUCCAUUCAUGCAGAAACUGGAAGUUUGAAGAAAGUGUUAAGUCCUCGUGUUGUUAGAGGUAAAGGGAGGCCGCCAUCAAAGAGAAAACAACCUACAAUAGAGAAAUUGCAAACCAAAAAUAAAAAGGCUGGUGGCAAGCGACAGAGACUUAAUGCAACAUCACAUGCUCAGGAUGUAUUAAACCCCGUUGAUUCGGUAGCACCAUCGCAACUACCUGCUACACAACAAAGCGUGGUUUCUCAAGUGAACUUCGAAAUAGAGAACCCCUUGAUGAUUGAUGAAAGAACUCCAAAAUGACAGGCCCCGUUGAUGAUUGAUGAAAGAAGGAAUAGAUUUGAAGAAGUUAUAGAUUGUAAUAGUUGAUUGAAUAUGUUAAGAACUUGUACCUUUCAUUAGCUAUAUGAUGUGGUUUUAUAUUUUUGUAAAACUUAAACUUUGUUGUGAAGUUGGAUAUUUGAACCAUUUUAUG